AUGCUCCUUCACUGCUGAAGACUUUCAAAUCAGGGUGGGAACAGAAGUCUCAAACUGCAAACACUCUAACGUCAUACACGCGUGUAGAAAUUCCAUGGGUUACUCGAUUUUGCAGCUAUAAUAUCAUAAUAGCUGAUAUUCUUCGUGUGGGCAAAACCCUUAUCGGGUAUACAUGUAAUUAUAUGCAUAAGCCGAGACAAUUCUUCGCCCCCAAAGCUCUAUUUUUGUUUGGGUUAGUUUCCUUGUUUAGUUGUACAAUGGAGACGAUGGGAUCAUUGUACAUGCGGACAAUGGGAUUGGUUUGCUUUUACCCUUUUCAAGUUUCCAUGAUAAUGAGAUAACGCACUACAACACCUGCCACCAAGUCAAGACUUUCUUUCCAAGUCAGGAGGUUAAAACCCUAUUUGCUCUUGUGGAAAGGAUAGUCAUGAACUAAACUAUGAGGUCUUCACCUCAAGUAAUCGGAUGCUUCUAUUUGGGACUUCUACUUGCAGUCUUCAAGGUCGCAGAAGCAGAGGGCUCUAUUGCCGAAACAGAGUGCAGUGAUGUUGUUGGUCUUUCCUCGGGGCAAAUCGAAGGCUCGAAAUUGAACUCAAGUUCCACAAAAUAUCCCGUUAACCUUUUCGGAUCACAUCAAGGACGACUCUACAAUGCGCACGCGUGGUGCGCAACAAAAGAUGACGCCGAGCCAUAUUUGGAAAUAGAUAUUGGCUUCGUUCGCAUGAUUAAGUCGAUUGCGACACAGGGAAACCCUAAGGAUGAUCAGUUUGUAACGUCAUAUGCUCUGGAGUCAUACGUUAUCCCUGAGGUUUGGGUUACAUACUUGGAGACAGGGGCACGUCGUAUUUUCCAGGGAAACAGUGAUGGCGGGCAAAGCGUUAAAAACAUUUUGAAGCACAUCACCCCAGCUCGUAAGAUACGUGUCCACCCAGUCACGUGGUACGGUCACGUGUGCCUCCGCGUUGAGUUAUAUGGCUGUGAUGCAGAUCCGAUGGUAUCACUAGGAAUGCACAGUGGCGAGAUACCUGACUGGGCGAUUACCGCUUCGUCUACAUUCUCAACAACAUAUCCACCUCACAAAGGGAGACUUAACUGGAUGUAUAGUGGUAGCAAACAAGCUUGGGUUUCUGCUGUAAAUGAUGUGAAUCAGUUUUUCCAAGUCAACCUACAAAGACGGCAUUAUGUUACAGCAGUCGCGACCCAGAGAAGGUUCUCGACUUCGCAGUACGUAACCUCUUACAAGGUGCAGCACUCUAAAUCGUCGUGCGGUUCUUUUACCACCGUUCUCGACGAAAAUGGACAGCAUAAGGUCUUUCCUGGUAAUGCAGACAACGAGGCAGUCGUCCGUAAUAUACUGCCGUAUCCUCUCUAUACACGUUGCGUGCGCAUCUGUCCGCAAAGCUGGAUAAAUCACAUCAGUUUACGAGCCGAUAUGUAUACGUACGGAAUAGCCUCCGCGGUGGACAUGAUAGAAGGCAAUAAUAACGCCGUUUACACGGCCUCGUCGUCUUAUAACGAAAAUCAUGUCCCGAAUCUUGCUAUCUUUUCUGCCACGAUUGGUGCGAGAUCUUGGUGCCCCUUGACGAUAAGUGGGGCGCAUUGGCUCAAGAUCUAUAUUGGACACGUGACUAUCAUAACUGCGAUUGUAACGAUGGGUCGGGGGGGUUCACAUGCACGAUGGGUUACCACCUUUCAGAUGUCCUACAGCGUCGACGGCAAUGUGUUCCAAGACUACAAGGACGCGGCAGGAUCAUACAAGACAUUCCAAGCGAACAAGCAGCACACUGGUUCUGUGACGAUUUGGCUUAAUCCGAAGAUCAAGGCAAAGUUUGUCAAAAUAUAUCCUAAAACUUGGGUUCCUAGUACCGAUAUCCUCUGCAUGAGGGCUCAGUUACUUGGACACAAAAAUGGCGAUAUUGGUGCACCAGCCUUCAUGGACAUUACUGCAGACAUCGUCGCGAACAAAAACGAAGACGUUUCCCUACCAUGUACCUCUACUGGUGAUCUACCAAUCACAACAACGUGGAGCCAUAAUGGACAAGUGGUCCAGACAAGCUCGUCCCAUUCAAAUCUCGUUCUCAGUCACGUGAAUGGCUCACAAGCUGGCAGCUACAACUGUACUGUCACCAACUCCCGCGGAUCAAACUCCAGGACGACGUAUCUUCGUGUCAAAGAACCGCUGAGCAUGUGCUCCAAUUACGCAACCCUCAACGAUGACUCCCGUUUACUUUCACGCGUGACAUCACUACUAAUCAGCGAUGACGUCAGCAUUAACGAGACCAACUGGUACCAAUUUACCGGCAAAGCCGGUUAUUAUCAUUUCCCCGGUCACGUGGUGCCCGAAGGCCGCUGCGGCGCUACUGCUUCGGGGUGGAUGAGUGGGACGCACCCGUCCGUAUCCGAGGGCGUGGUCAAGCGGACUGUUUGUUUCCAUAGCAACUCGCAGGAGUGCCGGUACAGUGUUUCGGUGUAUGUGCGGAACUGUUUUGGUUUUUAUGUCUAUAAACUCAGAAAACUUGAUGCCGCUUGGAAUGCACGUUAUUGCGUCGACCACGAUAAAGGUGGAGGCUCUGUCAAGGUAUUUUCUCAAGUAUCACCCGGCCAGGGAGAAACCCGAACACAGCAGAUCAUGCACAUCGAAUACCACGUGACCAGUGAAUUCACUUGCAUGCUCUACUGCUUGCUCCACGUGGGGUGUCACACCUUCGACUAUCGCGAGCCGUUGAAGACUUGUAAGCUGAGCAAUGUGACUGGGCCUCUCUACUCGGGGGAAGAACACUCGGGGGCCAUCUACGGGACGGAACUGCAAACAAGCGUUAACUGAUAGGUUUUAACACAAAGUGCGACUCUGACUUGCUUUAUGGUCCCCUUGAAAAUGGUUCUUUUUAUAGCCAAAGAGCAAUUUUUGUGGCUUGAAUAUUUUUUUCAGCGCUUCAAGCUCUCUUUCAAAAUUUGCUCAAAAGUUGGCUUUUUCAAUAACACCCCCCUCACGGCCCCCUUCCACCCUCACUAUGGAGAAAUGGAUUGAAUUUUGCGAGUGACCUGUCAAGGUUAUAGAAGUUGCUUGGUGCAUUUAGUUUUUAACCUUAUAGUGCGACGUGUGCUACCAUGGACAUUGAAAACAUGCAAGAGUCGCCUCCUUAUUGGGCUACUCUCAAGAUGGCCGUUUCUCUUUCCAAACAUCGGGCGCUGAAUGAAUGGGGAGUAGAAGCAGCCACGCCCUUAACCUCUGCACUGAUAGAGGGUUGAACCCAAAAAAUAUUUAAAAAUCUAAUGUUUAAAGUGAAUGUUUCAAGGGUUCCCACUAGUUUAACCUUAUUACCAGUACUUUGUAGAUACCACUAUAUGAAAUUAGGAUGUGCAUGGAAUAAAUUCACACAUGAACUGUCAUUGCCAUUAUCUAGUAGCGCUUUGGGGGCCAGAUCGUUACCCUUGUGUAAGAUUAAUUUAUAGUAAAAAAUAACUGAAUACAUUCAGGCCCGUAGCCCGGAUUUUGUGCGUGGGUGUUCGUUUCGCGGACCAUCUUCUUUUACGUAGCCCGCGUAGCUUGCAGUGGUACUCAAUUUUCCUUCAUUGGAGCGGACCUUCCAGUCUAGUGGGGUGGUUCAUAUGGGUGAUCAGUAUAUAUGCAUGGGGAAGGGGCGAUGACCUGGAGUUUUAUGGCGUUACGGAGCUACAUAUCGCGCUACAAAGAACUUCUAGAGAUUACACAGAGACAGUAACAAAGGUAGGCGUAAAUUAUUUUAAAACUCAAUAGAAGCAUAUUUCGAGCAAUUUAUCAAGUUUUAGCAUCGGAAGUGGCGAUGUGACGGGGCACAGGGUAACUCCGUGAAACAAUUUUUCAAAAUUUCAAAGCAAAUCGGCUAUAAGGGGCACGCUUGACCUGGUUUGACUGUGAUAGCCAUAAUAUCUAAGGUAUCUAUUAUAAACUCUAUUUGAUUUUAUGUUUCAAAAUGCAUGCAUCAAAUAAAAACAAAUUGCUCUUA